AUGCAGAGGUUCUCCCUAGAAGUUACAAAUAAAUUAAAGGAAAAUGUUAAUAUGUUCCCAAGCUUUCAAAUCUUCUUGAUAGACCCUGUAAAUGGCAAUAGAGAGAAAAAAAGUCAGACACUCAUUCUCCUCUCUCUUAAACUCCUCUAUGCAGUAGCCAGUAAGCGAGCGUCGCAAAAUAGGCUAGUUGGCCUCAGGAUUUUGAUAGAGAGUCAGCAUCGAGAAUCAAACGUAGUCACUAAGACGACGUUGUUGACUGUUGGUGGUCGGAAGAAGAGCUUGCCGGAGGGGGGAUUUUUGAAAUCUUGCUUCUUGUGUAGGAGGGAGCUUAGCCUAGACAAGGAUGUGUACAUGUACAGAGGGGACCAAGGAUUUUGCAGCGUGGAGUGCCGGUGCCAACAAAUUUUGCUAGACGAAAGAAGAGAGUUUGAAGCAUCAAAAAGAGAGUGGCAAAGAAUGCAAAACCGCCGCCAUGGUUUACCCAAAAUCAGAGAAUCUGAUCAUAGGAGGAGGGUUGCACUUGGGGCUUGACUAAUUUGGCUCAUGAAGAAAGAUAAAUUGGAACUUUUUUGUCAUCAUAUAAUUCUUUUCCGACAAAAAGAAGGAAAAACAAAAAAGGAAGAGAAAUUUAUACUUCCAAUACAUGCAUAUAUAUGUAAAAUUUAUGUCUAGCUACGAAUCUGCGAAGAACAAUCUGAGUUAAUUGUACAUUA